GCAUCUUUUCAAAAAGAUGAGAUAAGAUAAGAUAAGAUAAGAUAAUUUUGAUAUCUUUUGAUAUCUUUUAUCUUUAAAAUUUUUUGUAAUAUCUUUAUCUUAUCUUAUCGGUUUUUUAAAAGAUAUUUUAAAAGAUGAUUUUGUCACGUGAUUAUUUUUUCGUGCAUGAUUCCCUCUGUUGUCUAAUAGCGUUAUUAUAAUGUUAGACUCAAACUGCAACGUCAGUUUGACGAAUGCAGAGUUGCAGACUAGAGACUACAGAUCAGAAGAGCAGAUACAGUCUAGUUACCUACAGAAGUUCCAUCAAGAAAAUGACACGCUUUGCUUUUUUUUACAUUCAAAAGUGAAUGACUGAAUUGUUCACUGAGCUGACAGAAGACGCAAUUGAUUGUAAUCGGUCUCUUUUUCGGUCUUCGAAAAAAAUAUUUAGAUUCAACCUUUCCUUGGUUGCUUUGCCUUGCCUGACAGGCUGACAUGCCUGUUUCUUUGUGGUUUCGGCUUAAACCUUCACAGGUUUUGUUGAAUUCUAUUUACGGUUUUGAAAAUUGAAGUGAAAUAAUGCCAAUGCCACGAGCAAAAACAACAAAUUUGGGAAGAGGUCGGAGAGGAAGAGGUACAGCAUAAAGAAUAUUUAAUCAACCCUCAUUACUCAUUGAAGUUGGAGCCUCAAAUGAGAACAAGGCUCAUCAAGAUGAAGAUGACCAGGAUUUGGCCAGCUUGGUAUCGAUACCUGAUGCAGACUUUGAAGAAUGCAUCAGGUAGAAUGCUCUGGUUGAAGAUGAGGAAGGAGAAAUGACUAUAGAUGCUUCAACGAAACAGCUCUCACCACCACCAGAAACCAUACCAAUUCCAUCAUUUAAUGUAAAUACAUGGCCAAAGUGGGGAUCACACUUUUUCCAGGAUUGGCGCAAAAGCCCAAUGGGAAAAAUUUUUGGCGCUUGCAAGCUGUGCCACAAGUAUUUUGCGGGAGACAAAACGUCUUUUACCAACUUUAAAGUCCACUGUACGUUAGUACACAAAGACGAGUGGGAUUCUUUUUCGUCAUCCGCUACGUCACUCGAAAGCAAGCCAAAUACGGCAAAUAGCUCUUCCAUGGUAAAUUUUGUCUACCCUACCAGGCCAGUUUGCAAGGGAAGAAAAGUUUCGCUCGAUGAGGGCGUUACACGAUUGAUUUGCGAAGAAAAUCUUCCAUUGCACAUCGUUAACCGACCCGGAUUCCGCGCUUUUAUUCAGCUUGCAGUUCCUGGCUAUGAACUACCAUCUGCCCAGAGAGUACGCAACACUUUAAUACCAGAUUUAGAGGCCACUGUUAAAAAAAGAGUUAGGGAAAAACUCGCAAAAUGUUCUAGUUUUAGCGUAAUAUUAGACAUCUGGUCUUCAAAUAACAUGAGCGGGUACAUUGGAUUCACCUGCCAAGCGGUAACUACUAAUUUUGAGUUAUUCAAUUGCUUUUUGGGCGUGAAAGAAAUGCGUAGCCGUCAUACCGCCGACGCAAUAAUCGCCGAAAACGAGGAUAUAUUACAGAAACGGGAUAUACCGUUUACGAAGGUCAAAAAGGUUAUAACAGAUGGUGGAAGCAACAUGAUAGCGGCGCAUUUCAAUGGCUUUCCUGGAUGGGAGGACGACGGGAGCAGCUCAAAUUUUUGAUGAUGAUUUUCCAGAAAUUGAAGCUCGCCCAGUCCAUUCUACACAUCAUGAAUCAACUGGUGAAAUAGAAAUGGUCGAAAUGGAGCUGGAUUUAGAAGAUCCAUAUGGAGUUCUUCUUGGUGUUGAUGUUCCAUUUUCCGACGAAGACAUUUUGGAAGUAGUUCGAGAUGUAGAAGACGCAUCUGGGGUCGUAUUCCGAACGUCGACUUAGACUUGACUUGGACUUGACUUAGGCGUUUUUCCUACUUGACUUGAAAAAAUUUUCAGACUUUAACCGAAGUUGAAUUCCGAACCAAAAAAUUUCAAUUCAAGUAAGAAACUUGGACUUGAAAACUCAAAAGUCGAGCAUUAAAACUAAGUUAAGUCUCUCGAAUCUCAAGGUACCUGUUUAGGUGCCUUGAAACUGACUUACGGGCUUAAGUUCUAUAAGUAGCGGGGAGAAUAGGCAGUGGCGUUGCGUUUGUUUACACAAUGGCCGAUUAUUGUAAUGACGUCAUUGAUGAAUUCUUGGAGGAUAUGGGUAAUUUAACUGAUAAUUUUGACGAUUUAUCUACGGGGAGUGAUAAUGAAUUUCGAGCCGAAAAUCGCCGAGCCAAAAAGAGUCGUCUUAUUCCAUUUUAUCGUACAAGGAAAGAUAUUCUAAGUUAUUUUUCUGCUGACAAAUUAAUGGCGACUUUUAGGUUCGAUCGACCUUCUAUAGAAUUCAUCACAGCACUUAUUGCCGAUAUUUUACCACGACGAAAGACAAAAGCACAGCGGAAUUUACUUCCGCUGGAUAUGGUAUUGAUUGCAUUGCAAUUCUAUGCCACUGGAACUUUUCAAACUGUUGUUGGAAACGUUCUUAGAUACAGUCAGCCGUCUGUGUCACGAUCCAUUGCUGCAGUAUCCCUAUCUUUAUCCCUUAUAUCGGCAAAUCACAUUCAAUUUCCUGACAACUUAAAUAACCUGAAACGUGAGUAUGCUGAAAUAGCACGCAUUCCAGGCGUCAUUGGAUCAAUUGAUGGCACUCACAUUCGAAUCCAACGUCCGAUAUUGUACGAAAAAGCCUAUGUGAACAGAAAAAACUAUCAUUCAAUCAACGUUCAAGCAAUAUGUGAUGCUGGACAUAAAUUUUUGAGUGUAUGUGGGACUAAACCUGGAUCCUGCCAUGAUUCCUCAAUUUUUAAAGGCAGUGCUAUUGGGAAAAAAUUUGAAUCGGGAUUUUUUGGAACAAGCAUAUUGUUAGGUGACAGCGGAUAUUGCAACACUCCAUUUCUUUUUAUUCCAUAUCAUGAUCCAGUGGAAGGAUAUAAGAUAAGAUUUAAUAGAGCACACAAAUCUACACGAUGCACAAUUGAGCGUUCAUUUGGCAUUUUAAAGAAAAGAUUCCAUGUGUUACAUUCCGAAAUUCGCAUGAGUCCUACGAAAGUCUCUUGGGUUAUUGUGGCAUGUUGUGUUCUACAUAAUAUUGCUAUUGAUUUGAAAAUGCCGCUUGAUGACAACUGGGACGUUGAUGGCGAUGAUUCCCACCAAGAAGGAAACAUGCCAGAGUUAGAGAUCAGACCAACCGGAACAAUUACACAAAAAGAAGCCGCAUUGCGAAGAUUGGGUAACACAAAAAGAGACAGAGUGGCGAGCAAGACAUUUCCUCGUUAAAGACUUUGUAUUAAUGAAAGCAUUAUUGCGAAUCAAUAAAAAAGCUGAUAAAAUCUA